AUGGUAUUUUAUCUCCUCUAUAAACAUAUCAAGAAAUCAAGGGCGGCCAAGCGCCAGUCCCAUAGUAUCCCUCUUCGUCCAUUCGAUGAUCAGCAUGACAGCAACAGUCUUACCCCACCCAACACAUCCGCGCUUUAUGAAAAGAGCAUUUCGCAUGAAGUCGAAGCUGAGAAGAGGAGACGCCGGGUCUACCGACUGAAGCUUGUGUGCGCAUUAUUCAUGCCAUACUUUUUAGCCACUAUCGACCUGACUAUUGUUGCGACCGCUGUUCCGUUUAUCGCGUCGCAUUUUAACGAACUUUCCGAGCUUAAUUGGAUCGUCACGGCUUUCACGCUCACAUCCACUGCCCUAAUCCCAUCAUUCGGCCAACUCUCUGAUGUCUUUGGACGACACGUCACUCUACAAUUAGCGACAUUCCUGAUGCUUGUCGGCAGCGUUCUGGGUGCUGCCGCGCAGACUUGGGGCAUGCUCUUGCUAGGUCGUGCGUUGCAGGGUGUGGGCUCGGCAGGAUUGAUGAGCACAGUCAUGAUUAUCCUUGCAGAUAAUGUGACGCUGGAAGAGAACGCAAAGAACAACUCGAUCUUCUCUUUUGUCAGCGGUGUUGCGUAUGCAGUUGGGCCGGUUAUUGGAGGGUAUCUUACUGAUGUGAGUAUUCGUCUACUAUAUACGAGAAGAUGUGCUAAGUAUGCAGGCAAACUGGCGCUAUUGCUUCGUAAUCUCCAUUCCUUCUACGUCGUCCUCCGCGACAACCUUAAACAGGGCACUCAUUUUCGCCGAGGCAGCCGUCUUUCCUCAUUCCUGCCUGCGCUGGCAACAAUUGACAUCGUCGGGACAAUCCUGUUCAUUUUCGGUGUCGGUCUUAUCAUCCUCGGCACUGCAUGGGGAGGCUCAACAUACCCCUGGGUAUCAGCUGAAGUUCUGACACCCUUGGUCGUCGGCGGGAUCUGCUUUGCCAUGUUCUUCGUCUACGAGUACUUUCUCGAAAAUGGAGUAUUUGGUCGCAUAUUCCCAGCCCAGAAGCCGAUGCUCCCCUAUAGCAUGUUUAAAAAAAUCGAUACUCUCUGGCUUACGGUCCUACAGUUUGCAGCUGGGGCCGCCAUGUACAGCGUGUUUUAUUAUGUUGGGAUUUACUUUACAGUCGUCGAGGCGUACUCCGCUAGUAAGGCUGGUGUACAGUUGCUCUACUAUAUUCCUGGCUUAGGAGGUACGUUCAAUUUGUCCAAGCCGCCACUGACACCAAUCAGCCUCGCCCUAACAAGAAGCUAUCCAGCCGGUGUCUACCUAGCAAUCCUGCUUUGCAAUACCUAUCCCGCGCAAACAUUCCCACCACUGCUCCUCGGCACAUUUGCGGAGACCAUCGGUCUGGGGGUAUUGAUUUACGCCAUCCGCACCGAACGAUCCAAUAUCCUAAACGGGAUGAUGGUUCUCGCAGGCGCAGGAACAGGCAUACGGCUCAUGCCUGCAUCCCUCCAUGCUUCCGGCGUCUGGCCCGACCGUAUUGCCUCAGCGCUGUCGUUGCUGCGCUUUGCAUUACCAUUUGGCGGUACACUCGGAAUCACGAUCAUGGGGUCCGUUUUCAAUAAUAAACUUGCGGAGGGCGUUGCUUCCAUCCAGGGGUACGGUUCUUCGAACGUCUCCGCACAGGACCUCGCCCAUGGAGGGACAAGCAGCCUGUCUUUCAUUAACUCUCUUCCAGCUGAUGCACAGGCGAAGGUGAGAACCUCGGGUCGGGACGCCAUCAUGUGGGCCUAUAUUGCUAUCCUGCCUAUAAUCGGGAUUAGCAUAUUAACUACAAUGUUUAUGGGAAAUGUCUGGAUUGGGAAGAGGAAGAAUAGAACGGCAGCUGUCGAGCAGGGGAUGUCUGAAGAUGAGACAAGAUCGGGUGAGAGCGAGGUUGUCUUUGUCCCGUAUCUCUACGCACUGGCCAAGGGGAUCAACAAGUACAAGUACAUUACCCGACCAGCUCUGGAAUCCAACCCUACUGAAGCUUCCGGCAGGCAGGAAACUCAGUAG